AUGGAGUGGUAGCAAGCAAUAAACAACAGAUUACUGGGAAUGUGAAAAAAUAUAACGCAGUCAACUGAAAGUCUGUUGUCGGCACUAUCUCGAGGAACAGAAAACCAUUUUAGUGGCUGUCGUACCUCACGGUUCUUCUCAGUCGUUUCCAAGUUUUCGCCUUCUUAACAGACGUGUUUCCAUGGCUGAUCGUAAACAACAAAGCAGAGAUGAGGUAUUCAAAACAGGCAAACCAGACGAUAAGGAACUUCUUAGCCUUGCUCAAGAAGUCGUGUCAAUCUGGAGACAACUUGGUCUGGCGUUAGGCCUAACAGAUGCGAGUUUGGAUGAAAUCCAUGAAGACAAUCCCAAAGCGUUGGAUAAAGCAUAUGCCAUGCUAAGGAAAUGGAAGGAGUCACUUGGAUCUGGGGCGAGUUAUCAAAAAUUAGCCGAGGGACUAGAUCACAAGGUUAUUAAAAGGCAAGACUCGAUAGAGAGAUACUGCCAUAUCAAAGCUGAAGCUUCAAUCCCGAGAAAAGUUCUUACUACCGUGGAGAUUCUUCCUGGUAAACCAUUUCACGUGACUCGCAGACGAGGAAGAGAAAUACAAAAGGUCAGCGAAUGUUUUGUCGACUUGAGACGGGACGUUCCAACCUCCACAGUCAUUGGCUUAUACAUUAAAGGUCCCCCCGGUUGUGGCAAAACCCAACUAGCAAGGCAGGUUGGAGAAGAGUUUGAACAGAACACUGCACCGCGGGGUCAUUUCCAAAAUGUGCCGUGUGUUGUCGCUACGUUGCAAGCACAAUCUCCUGAGGCAAUGUUAGAAUCCUAUAAAAAACUACACGAGAAGUUAGAAAUCCCUAACGCACAUGAAUGUCAGGGAAGUGUCCGCGAGCGGAUCAAGAGUUACAUGGAGGAUGUUAAGAAUUACCUUCGUAGGACAUCAUCAGUUUGGCUUUUGAUCGUCGAUAAUCUAACAAUCAAUGAUCCAAUGAGAGAAUUCUGGCCUUCUCCGGGACAGGAAAGCCCAUGGGGGGAGGGAACAGUCUUGGUCACGACUCAGGAUAGUGAACUCGUCCCCAGAUCCCACGUGCAUGCCAAGAGUAUGCCGCUUGAUUCAGGAAUGGAAGAGGAAGACGCUAUGGAAUUGUUAAGAGUCAUAUCAGGAAUGGAUGUGGAUGAAGAUGCUAAAAAAGUCGCUAGUUUUCUUGGAUAUUUCCCACUGUCUCUAGCUUGCGCAGCAGUUUAUGUUGGGCAAAUGAGAGAAGAUCGCCCGUUAUCAAAGUUUUCUUGGAAAAAUUAUCUGUCGAACCUCCAAAAGUACUACGCGUAUCUUGAUCAUUCUGACUUCACACAUCACAAUCCAUGUUAUCCCAAAACAAUGCUAGCAGCAGCAGAGUUCGCAGCCAGACGGAUGGCCGAAAACAACAAAGUUCUCCGAGCUGCCUUCGUGUUCCUUUCGUACUGCUCCCUACAACCUGUUCCGUUGGAUACUGUCGCUGAUUAUGUCUUACGCGAAGCUAAAGCCAGGGUGCCAGAUGACGUCAAGCUGAAAGUAGCAAGGUGUUCGUUGCUAGUAUAUCCGCAAACAGGAGAAAGGGGAAUAGAAGUGGUCACACUUCAUCAAGUGAUGCGGAUGGCGUUCUCUCAAAUCAGGCGAAACCCAGACGAAUCGGAAGGAAACGUUGAUAAAUGUGAAGNGGAAUUGAAUGGGGUACUUCAAGCCUUAAACGAAGCCUACAAACAAAAGAGGGGUCAGUUAAAAAAGGAAGAUCUCGCUAUAAGGAUUCUGUUGUGUCCACACUUGAAAGAGUUUGUUGAAGGAGUGGAGGUGGUCCAGUGGCUUGAAGAAACUUUACUUGUACAGGCGUUGGUUCACCUCGCAGAUGGUCUCGUGCACGUUGCUGGGGCAACAGACAAUUACCGCGUGGCUUUACUUGAGCGCGCUUAUAAGAUCAACAAACAACUGGGUUGUACUGAUAUCGAUGCAUGCACGUUGCUUUGCGACUUGGGCUACACUUACCGUGAGGCGGGCUUACUCGAUAAAGUGAUUCCGAUUCUUGACGAAGCCAAUAAGCUCUGUGAGACUCAAACGGAUCGCAUAUGGAUGGAAAAGAGAUCUCGAUUAUUAAACAUACUUGCUUUCACGUUCCGUGAAAGUUUUCAGCUGGAUUUAGCCAAAGAGUACAUGAAGCUAUGCGUUGAAGUGACUAGGAAGGCUUAUGGGGACAUUCACGUUCAGCUGGUUGAGAGAUUAUGCAACCUAGGAAUCAUUUUGCAUGACAGAUGGGAAAACGAUGAAGCUAUUGAAGUCAUGAAGGAAGCCAGAGAAAUCGUCCAAUAGUGCGACUCGGCAGAGAUGUUCAUUCGUGGCCAGGUGUUGAAUUACACGGCUAAAGUCCAUCUGCGCUGGUAUCUCGGUUUGCGUCACACGCAUCCACACGUAUGCAGCACCCAAAUGCAUUUGACAGAAUCGGCCAUGCUACACGAGCAAGCAUUAUAGAUCUACCACGAUCUUCACGGAGAUAAUCAGAAGUUUACCACCGGAGUUAUGAUGACAUACGGAACGGCGAAACUACAUUUGGGAGACAUUGACGAAGCUUACGAGAUGUGUCAGAAGGCUGUUGAGGUGUAUAGAAACUCACAACACAUUGCGUGGCCACGAGCGGGUACUUUCCUCGCAGAUGUCUUACUCACUCGGGGGGAGUAUCCACGUGCGAAGAAGUUUCUGGAAGAGCUUGUACAAGCUCAUAAGGAUUUGAACCUCGUAGUGAGCCCUGGUGCCUAUCAUCCAAGGGCUCUCUUGGGUGAGGCUUCUGUGCAUGUUGGUGACGUGGAAGCUGGAGAGAAGAUCAUGGAAGAAUGUCUACAAGAGUGGAAAAAGAAAGGAAUUCAUCCAGAACAUUACUGGGUAGCUCGCACGCAAGCGUUUCUGCAAGGACUUAAGUCACGAGAGUCGCAGAAAUGCGAUGACCGAAGCUUCCAUGAGUUGCCCGAUAAACUAGAUUGAUGAAAGAUUUAGAAAAGCCUGUGGAGUCGCUGGAAUAUUUGCUGUUUUGCAAACAGAGGGGCGAGCGCCGGCACAAAUGAAACAUCUUGUAAAUUUGGAGGUACGCACCAUGCCAUGAAUCCCCUCGCUUCGACGCAAAUCGGUGGCGAGUUUGUCACGCGUCCACCGUCGAUUAUACGUCAUUAGGGACUUUAAGCAGACCACGACGUCUACAGAAACGAGAACGUGGAAAAACAAUAGAUCUAAUUGGCAGAACAAUAGCCCAGCACGUGCGUUUUAGAACGUUGUACA